UAUUAUCAAUUAUAGGCCAAAUGUCUCUGUAUGGCAAGAUAAAUGUAAAUCUUUCUAGUAAGGAAGAUAUUAAUAAAGGAUCUAUUGAGCGAGAACCUGUAACUUAUGUUGUUCAACAAACAGAGGUAAAAAAAGGGACGAUUUCUCAAGAAAUUGAUGAACAUCGACGUAUGACAUCAGCGGCAUUGCAAUUCCAGCCUAUUCGUCGACCUUUACAAGCUAAAAAAAAUGUAAAAAAGCCAUUAUCUUCUGUUUCAUUACCAUUUGAGCCUUUAAAGUCUCAUCCAGUUUUUCAUAAUGUUAGUUCAUUGGAUUAUUGGAGCCAUAAAGAUGAAGAUUUGAAUGAAUCUUAUGAUAUAACAGAAAGUCGAAAAAUAGCAAAAAAUCGCGGGAAAAAGAAAAAAACCAAGAGUUUUGAAACUGUUUCAUUGUCAUGGGAUGAUUCUUAUGAUCCUUUUAAGCCAAAUGAUUAUGAAGAAUACAAAAUGAGUGAUGAAUCGGUUCAAGAGAUGAUUGAUUGGAAAAAUAAGCAAGAGGGAAAGGCUAAAGCAGAUGACAUAGAAAAAUAUAAAAAUAUGGAACAAUUUGCCCCGCCUGCAAAUUAUUCACCUUCUCAUUCUUCUACUGUAAUUGGAUUUUCUCAAGCUACAGAGCCAGUUUCUGCUAUUUCAUUGGAUGAAACUGCUGAAGAGGCAUAUGCCCGACGGGUUGCAAUGUCACAAAAUAGAAAUGUUGAAGUUGAUUAUCGAUCAAGUUAUUCAACUGAACCUACAUAUGAAAUAGAUCUACCUAAACAGUCUUUUCCUCCUUUGAGUUCAUCAGAAGACCCCGUUUCUGUGGAGUUGUCUCAUGAAGUUUUGGAUAAUCCUUUGGCCAUUUCUGAUGAUAAGCAACAUCUUCAAACUUUCAGCAAAACGACUAUUAUACGAGAGCCUCAAAUGUAUGAUAUAAAAACAACUAAUUCAUCUGAAUUUAUGUCUUCUUCUAUGGAUUCUGAAAAUUUAAAGAUACCAGAAUCUUUAGGAUUUCAAACUAAUUCUAAUAUGCCGGGUCAAAAGAAGUUUGCUGAAAGAUUAAUGAAAAAAUAUGGAUGGGAAAAAGGCAAAGGAUUAGGUGCAUCUAAUGAUGGAAUUGUUAAUCCUUUGAUUGUGAAACAAUCAAAGGAUCGUAAAAACACUGGUUCAAUUAUAAACAAAAAUCAUCCUGAAAAAACCGGAAAAUUCGGAAAAUUGAGCAAAGUUAUUUUGCUUACAAAUGUUUCCGAAUUGGAAACCGUGGAUGAUGAAUUGUCUCAAGAGAUAGGUGAUGAAUGCAAUAAAAGUUAUGGAAAAGUUGAACGAUGUUUUAUAUAUAAAAAUAUGAACAGCACUUUAGCUAGUGAUAUUGUAAGAGUAUUCGUUCUCUUUACUGAUACAAUUAGUGCAUUAAGGGCCGUUAAUGCUCUAAAUGGUAGAUUAUUUGGAGGCAAAGAAAUUAAAGUUAGAUUUUAUGAUUUUGAUAAGUUCGAAAAUGGAGAAUAUGAUGCAUAGAAAAUCAUUAAAGCUUUAAAUCUACGAAUUCACUUAUUUUAAUCAUUAUAUA